AUGACGGUGCAGCAGCAGCAGCCGCCCUCGGGACACCAUCUCGCCGAGCGAACGCCCUUUUGGGCCUCGCAGGUCGGGCAGAUGUCGCUGUCGGUGGUGAUCUCAUCCUUCCUCCCCGGGCAGCCAUCGCCCCGGAAGCAUCGCGUGCUUCCUCGCGAGACCUGGUGCUUGCACUUGUAUUCGAUGACGAUGCGGGUGCACAUGAUGGCGGCGGCGGCGGCACGUUUGCGCGGCUCGGCUGAUGGCACGAUUCGCCGUGACUCGAUUCGUUUGCUCUCUUAUUCGAUGAUCGGGACGUCGCUCGAGAUGGGCGGUAUUGUCUGGACGGCGUCGCCGGGUAUCAUGGUAGCGCGCAGUAAGGGCUGGCGCGCCAAGCGGUGGAUGGGGUGA